CAGAUAUGAGGCUUGUUCACUUUCACAUGUGUUUCCCAUGUAGUUUCCGUUCACAUGCUGGAAGCAGAAAUAUUCAGCUCGACUUGCCUCUUUUCUGAACUCCUCCCCUGAUUGCAACCUACUAUUGUCGCCGACGGAGCAAAACUCAACUCACCGCUAAAAAGUGUCCGAAUCGCCGCCAGUGGGUUGAACUCCUCCCCGUCUGCAACCGGCUCGACCAGCCGACUCGUUCAUGUCGAUCUAUUGAUUACACCUCAACAAAUUUGGCUUCAGCCACAGAAUAAACUUUCUCUCUGCCUGGAUUGUUUCACUUCAGUCGACUUUAAAAUGAAAUCUGGCACUUUUAAAACAAGCUCCUCUCACCCGGGCGAACUUUUUCUGAACUCUUCAUGAAACUGAACAGAAACGGUUUGAGGAAACCGAACGAUACGGACACAUUAUGGCAAUAUGUGGCAGACGGAGUCGCUCCAAGUUUAUCCUGUACAUUGUCGGUGCUUUUGUAGUGGGCUAUUUAGUAUUUCACAGGAACACGCAGAGUGAUGUGGGACUGGCGAAAAUAAGAGAAGUGCCAGACGAGCACAAAAAUGUGGACGAGCAGUUUCUGAAGAGACCUGUUUACGAGAAGCCUGCUUUAGAUGUAAACGCGCUGGGAGAGAUGGGCAGAGCUGUUAAACUGGACCUGAGUGGGGAAGAGAAGCGAGAGGAAGAGGAGAGCAUCAAAAAACAUCAAAUAAACACUUAUGUGAGCGAUAGGAUAUCUUUACACCGCAGACUGGCUGAAAGAUGGAACCCUCUUUGUAGAAAUCUGAAAUAUGACUACCUGAGCCUGCCUACUACAUCAGUAGUGAUCGCAUUCUACAAUGAAGCCUGGUCCACACUAUUGAGGACCGUGCACAGUGUACUGGAGACCUCACCUGACCUGCUGCUGAAUGAAGUCAUUCUGGUGGAUGACUACAGUGACCGAGAACACUUAAAGGAGCCUCUAGAGAAUUACAUCGCCGAUCUGAAAAAGGUUCGUCUGAUCCGAGCAAGGAAGAGAGAAGGUCUGGUGCGAGCGCGGCUUUUGGGGGCUUCCAUCGCCACAGGGGAAGUGCUGACCUUCCUCGAUUGCCACUGCGAGUGCCAUGAAGGCUGGCUGGAGCCUUUACUCCAGAGAAUAAAGGAGGAGCCUUCAGCUGUGGUGUGUCCAGUCAUUGACGUCAUUGACUGGAACACCUUCCAGUACCUGGGCAACCCAGGAGAACCUCAGAUCGGAGGAUUUGACUGGCGAUUGGUGUUCACGUGGCACUCUAUCCCAGAACAUGAGCAGAAACGCAGAAGUGCCGCCACUGAUGUUGUCAGGUCUCCAACAAUGGCUGGGGGUUUGUUUGCCGUCAACAAGAAGUACUUCCUUUACCUGGGCACAUAUGACACAGGAAUGGAAGUCUGGGGUGGAGAGAACCUGGAGUUUUCAUUUAGAAUCUGGCAGUGUGGAGGAAGCCUGGAAAUCCAUCCUUGCUCUCACGUGGGUCACGUCUUUCCGAAGAAAGCUCCAUACUCAAGAAACAAGGCCUUGGCCAACAGUGUGCGAGCAGCAGAAGUCUGGAUGGAUGAUUUCAAAGAGGUGUAUUACCACCGCAGCCCUCAUGCACGUCUGGAAGCGUAUGGGGAUGUGACGGAUAGACGGAAACUCAGAAUGCGUCUUCGCUGCAAAGAUUUUAGAUGGUUCUUGGAUAACAUCUACCCUGAUAUUCAAGUCCCCGAAGACAAGCCUGGAAUGUUUGGCAUGUUGAAGAACAAAGGAAUGACCAACUACUGCUUCGACUACAACCCGCCUGAUGAACAUAAGAUAGCCGGUCACCGGGUAAUCCUUUACCCAUGUCAUGGCAUGGGACAAAACCAGUUCUUCGAGUACUCCACACUCCAGGAAAUCCGCUACAACACGAGGGAUCCUGCAGGCUGUGUCGUAGCUGAUCCCGUCUCCACAUUCCUCACCAUGAAUCUUUGUAGUAAACCCAGAGAAGCUGUGCCCGAAGACCAGAAGUUUCUUUUCAGAGAGGAUGGCUCUUUAUAUCACGUUCAGACGCAGAAGUGUGUUGAAGCAGUGGAUCGGACUGAUGCUGGGAGUCCUGGACCUGCUCUUCGGCCUUGCUCAGACUCUGAUGCUCAGAAGUGGUUCUUUGAAGAGAGAACAUAGCAGAGGUUCUCACUACACCCUUCAUCCGCACUACUGUCAAAGGGCAUUUCAUAUCAGCUGCUCUGACUACACACCAUUCCACUUCCUCCUCCUCCUUUUAGGAUUAAUAGUGCCUUCCUGUUACACUGAGUGCAGCUUACAGACCAUAUCUGUUCAGAUCAGACAAAUAUAACUUAUUUUUGUGAAUUAUUAACUCAUAAAUUUGUUUAGAAUUAUAAAACCAGAGGAGAAUUAUCAGUUUUGUGCCAUUUGUGUUGGAGUUUUGGAUUUAUGAGGAAAGUAAGGGAAGUAAGUGACCAACAAAAUGCAACUUUGUAAGUUUUAAUUUUUAAAGAAAUAAAUAAGCUUAUGAAGCAAGAGUUGUUCAAAUUGAUUAAAAGUGACAUUUGUAAUAUAAAAGACUUCUAUUUUAGCAAUAUUCUGUGCAUAAAAUAAUCAUGAAAAUGUGUCAGUAUUUACCAAAACAUGACGUUAAAAUGAUGAGAAAUAUUUCUUGAGCACCUGAAAUUAUACACUCUCACAAAUAAAGAUACACAAGCUGUCACUUUGGUGGUACCUUUUCAAAAGGUACAAAUUUAUACCUAAAGGGUCUAUUAUUGCAUAUUGGUAUCUCAAACAUAUAUAUUAGUGCCUCAAAAAUUUACGAGGAACACUUAUGUACUUUUUAGGUACUAAUAUGUAUCCUUGGGAUAUUAAUAUGGACCUUUUAGGCACAAAUUUGUAGCUUUUGAAAAGGUACCACCCCAGUGACAGCUUUCAUACCUUUAUUUCUGAGAGUGUAAAUAUUAAAAUGAUUUCUGAAGAAUCUAUGCAAAAUACUGUGGAAAAGCUAUGGAAAACAUGAAAAUAUUUACCAAUUUCAAAGAUUUAUAAUAAGUUUUUUUGUUUUAAUAAAACUUCAAACGACUGAUGUAGUCUUCUAAAUCUAAAUAUAUUAUAUAUCAUGUUUUAUAUAACAAUAUUGAUAUUAAUAUCAACGUUUAAACUUCGCAAGAGUUAAAAAUAUCGAUAUAUAGAAUAAAAUUGAAUAAAAGUGAGAUUUGUAUUUUAAAAUAUUUCCCCUCAAGAAGAUUCUGUUCAUAAAAUAAUCAUGAAAAUUUCAGUUUUCACAAAAACAGGAUCAACAUUAAAAAUAAAAAAAUAUUUCUUGAGCACCUGAUAUUAUAAACAUUAGAAUUAUUUCAGAAGAACCUUCUUUUAAAGAAAAAAAUCUGCUUUGCCAUUACCGUAAUUAUUGCCAUUUUAAAAUACUGUGGAAAAGCUAUGGAAAAUAUUGAAAGAUUUAUCAAUAUUAAAGCUUUAACUUCACAAGAGUUAUCAACAUUUGGUGGAAAAGAAUAUUAAAAGGGACAUUUCUAUUAUAAAAUAUUUCCCCUCAAGAAUAUUCUAUUCAUAAAACAAUCAUAAAAAUGUAUCACUUUUCACAACAACAUGAUUACAUUUUAAAAGUAAUAAGAAAUAUUUCUUAAACACCAGAUAUUAUUCAUAUUAGAAUCAUUUCUGAAAAAUUCUGUUUUAAAAAAAAAUUGUCAACUUUGCCAUCACUGGAAUAUUUGGCAUUUGAAAGUACAGCUAUGGAAAAUAUUAAAAGAUUCACCAAUUUCAAAGAUUUACAGAUUUUGUGUUUGAAAAAGCUUCAAACUACUGCUGUAAUUUCUUCUAAAUCUAAAUAUAUUAUAUGUCACAUUUCAUAUACAUUAUUUGACAACACAAUAUCAAAGUUUUCACUUCACAAUAGUUUAAAAAAUCGAUAUUUGGUGGAAUAAGUAUGAUUUCUCAUCACAAGUGAAAACAUUUGUUAUUCUGACCAAUUAUUUGAGUGAAAAAAGCUUUAAAUUACCCUAUUUUUUAAAUAACAAAUAUAGUCAGAUUUUUUACAUUUUACUCAAACACACUUGUUA